CGUGUUCCCCCGCAGAGAUCGUGGACCAGCCGGGCGUGGACAUCUUCGGGCAGGUGUACAACCAAUGGAAGAACAAGGAGUGCGUGUGCCCCAACUGCAGCCGCAGCAUCGCCGCCUCCCGCUUCGCCCCUCACCUGGAGAAGUGCCUGGGCAUGGGCCGCAACAGCAGCCGCAUCGCCAACCGCAGGUGGGACCCCUGCCUGGGGCUGGGGCUGCUCCUGUGGGGAGAACCCCCUCACCCUUCCUCUCUCCCAGGCGAGAUCGGCGGGAACCCYGAUCCCUUCAAGUACAGCAACUCGGCGGGAAUCAACUACGAGACGCUGGGCCCCGAGGAGCUGCGGACGCUGCUCACCACGCAAUGCGGGGUCAUCUCCGAACACACCAAGAAGAUGUGCACCAGGUCCCUGCGGUGUCCCCAGCACACGGAUGAGCAGCGCAGGGCAGUCCGCGUUUACCUCCUCGGGCCCUCCGCGUCCCUGCCCGAGGCCGAGGGCAGCGUGGAGAACGACAGCUUCGAGGUGGCCGAGAGCCAGGCCCUCAUGAGCCGCCUGCAGUGGGAUGGCUCCUCCGACAUCUCCCCCUCCGACUCGGCCUCCUCCAAAGCCAGUACAAACAACUCCGAGUCCCGCAAGACCAAGAAGAAAAAGCCCCACYUGGGGCUGGUGAGCGGCGCCCCAGGGCUCGGAUCCAGCAAAAAGAAGAAGCCCAAGCCCCCCGCCCCCCACACCCCCAGCAUCUACGACGACAUCAACUGAGCCCCGUGGAGCUGGGGAGGGGCAGGACGGACAGAGGGACGGACAGGGGCCAGGACAGCCCCCGGGCACCCCCUGGGCCGGACACACCGCGGGUACCGGAGCACGGAGGACUCGGCCGUUGCYGGAGCGGGGCUGCAUUUGGGGAGCCCUCGUUAGUGCCCCCCUUCCUCCCCCGCCGUCCCGGUGCCUCUAUUUAUUCUGUGACAGUUUUUGUAUGUGGGGCUCCCGUCGGGGCGUCUCCCUUGGACAAUGGGGGUACAGCCCCCCCUUCCCCUCCCCACGCCCCCCAAAGCCAGCUGUGCCCCCCACGCCUGCUCCUCGUUGACCCCGAUGGGAYUGGGGGCGCCUGCACCCCCUGGGCAGGUCGGGGCCUGGGUCAGGGGGCUGUGAAUCCCUCCUGCCUCGGGGUUUUGGGGUGAGCCCCCCUCACCCUGGGGCUGCCCCCUCUCCCUGCACCGGGCUGGCACUCGCUGGUCGGGCUGGCUCAGGAGGGGGGGUCAUGCUGGACAGGGGUGUUUCCCACUCAGAGGACAAGUGGGGACCCUCCCACCCUCCAAAUUUGCCUGCAUUCAGCUGUUGGGGGUCUUGGGGCCCUGGCAGUGCCCACAUGGGGGGGUCACGGGGGGCUGCAUGCUGCAUCCUUCAUGUUUGGGGCUGUUUGGGGGUGGGUCUGGGGGCGGGGGGAGCUGCUGUGACCAUCCCUGCACCAGACUUUGGGGAAGGGAGACCCCAACUUGGCAGGGACCUCCGGGGGCGAGCUGGCAAUGGAGCAAAAUUGGGGCGGGGGCGAAGCACAGCCUGCCUUCAACACAGAGCCCCCCACACCUCGCGUCCCCAGGGCAGCUCUGAGCCCCCUCCCCACCUGCCUGGGGACCUGCUGCUGCAGUCGGGGGGCAGGGGGACCCCUCACAGCUCUGGCUGGUGUUUGCACCCCCUCCACAGGCUCUGCUUUUGUUUUGGGGGUGGCCGGGACCAGCGCCCCGCUGUGCGGGCUGGGGGGGGGGACAGGUCCCUCUGGCUGGAUCCAGGUCACCCCCUGUUUGCGAGCCCCUCCCCUCGCCGCAGCCGUUCUCCACCGCGGGGGCUGUCGGGGACAGGGUCAGCUCCGUCCCCUCUGUUGUCCCCCUGCCCCAAUUUGGCCGUAUGUCCCCCGGUGGGGGCUGUGUGUGUCCCCCCACCCCGGUGCCCUGGCUCGUCCUCUCGCUGGGACUCACAAAUUAUGGUGCUCUCGACUCUGGAUUCACUAUUGUUUUCAAACUGCUGCUAAAGGCUGGGCUGGGGGGGGCCCUGCAGAGCCCUGGGCACCUCAAAACGCUGCGGGAGCCCCCCCCCCCCUCCCACUGCA